GUGGGAGCUCGGCGAACCGAUGUUUUUAGUUGCAGAAACGCAGCGGCAUGCUAGUUAAUCGAAAAUAAGUCUGAUUCUCUAGAAAAUUUCAGCAACACGCGAAAAAUUACGUUGAAAAUGGUUUCACUGUUGUUUUUCAUUUAGGUUGUAUCAACGGAUUAAAAAAACUGCACUUUCAAAGAACUUCCAUGUAACCUUGUUGAUGUGACAGGUAAACUGUCUGCCAGCAGUGUGAGUGCAGUCAGCUGCUUUCCGCAAAGUGGAAUACAGAAAGGAGGUGGCAGGAGAGAUAAGAAAUGUAUGUCCGUGGCUCAUGGAUGAUGACGUUACGGUAGCGAGACAACUGUUGUGGCCGUCUCCGAUUUAGCAUUAAAGCAGAUGGAUUUGUAAAAUGCUACGCGAUCGUGAAAGCGCUUUUUAUGCAGUAUGUUCUGGCUUCUGUGCUUGUGCAGCCAGUCUAUUUGGAAAAUUGGCCGGGAAGGAAGACCUACACUCGAUGGUUUCUGUAGUUACAGCAACAGUGUUUAUGGUUUUAAUGAUUGUGACUAAUGCUGCAGUAUGGACAUUUUUUGUGAAAGCCCUCUGUUCUUCAGACACAUCAUUGUUUCCUACUGUGGCAAGUUCAGCAACAAAUUACAUAUCUUCUGCCAUGGCAGGAUUCUGGUUCUUUGGUGAAAUUACCUCAUUAAUGUGGUGGACAGGUACAUUUCUUGUUCUGGUGGGCUUGUUGCUCAUAUGCCAGUAUGAAAGUAAUGAGAAUUUGCAGAGUAAACUAAAAUAACAACUUGUUAGAGAAAUUUAUGUCUUUCGUUUUUGUAAUAUGAGGAUGAAAGUUUUCCUUUAGUAGUUAUUAAGUAACUCAUUAAUUGUGUGAAAUAACUGAAAUCAGGAUAUGCUAAUACUUUGUAAGUCUAGUAAUUGCACAUGCCCAGUAGUGUUGAGAGUUGUCAGAUGUAAACAGAUUUUUCAUGAAAAAGAUGUCCAGCAUUCCAGAGGAUUUUUACAGUCCAAAAAAAAUGAUUGUACUUGUUUCAUAUGUGCCUCCACAUUACCACUUCAUGGUUUCACCAUGUACCUCAUGAUCUGACAUAAAAUUCUCCCAAAUGGAUAUACAUUUAGUAA